AUGGAAGUUAGUGGAAUUGAAAAUACGCGAACGUCUAUUCUUCUAGUUGGCCUAUCUGAUGCUGGAAAGACGGCUCUGUUCACUCAGUUGGCCCACAACACUUUCACUGAAACGGUCACAUCAAUGAAGGAGAACGAGGAGGAGAUUCGGACAAAUGGUAGUCGCCGACUUGUUUCACUGAUCGACGUGCCCGGUUUUGAACGUCUGCGUAACCAGUUUUGGGAAAAACUCAAGUUUCGCGCUUUGGGUGUCGUUUACGUGAUUGACAGCGUUACUUUCAUGUCGAAUCUGCACAAUGUUGCCGAUUUACUGUACCAAUAUUUGAGUGAUGAUUUUGUCAUCUCGAAGCGCAUUCCAUUCUUGGUCGCUUGUACUAAACAAGAUGAGACACGCGCUAAAACCGCCAAAGCCAUAUUCACACAGCUUGAGAAGGAAUUCAACACGAUACGAGAAACUCGUCUUGGUGCACUCGACACUACUUCUGGCGACGGAGAGGUGCCUAAAAUUUUGGGCAAUCCAAAUCGCGAGUUUUCAUUUGCUGACAUCAGCAACAACAUUGAGUUCAUUGACUGCAGCUCAUCUCCAAAGUCUAGCAGCACCGAAGCGAUUAUCAAAUGGAUUGAUACCACUGUUUAG